AGGCUUCGUACAUUGCGUAUCGAAACAACAUAAAUUAGAAAAGUAGCACCUACAGCUCACACAAAAGUACAGUGCCAGCUGCAGAGCCGAACAUAGAAUACGGCGAACAAGGGACCCAAGGGACCAGCGAAGCAAUCCAAGGAUUGACAACGACGAAAGAAAUGUCGACAGGGGGAGACAAGAAGUUCACUCCCGGAGGAACCACCGAAAAGCAACAGGUGAAGAUGGAACAUCAUGACUCUUCAAUAAGAGAUAGUGAAUGGACCGAGCAAAGGAGCAAAACAAGACAAAAGCCACAAAACAACAACAACACUAACUAUAUCACGACAAAGAAGUUCGGAGGUCACGACCGAGGGGCUCUGGAGGGGAUUGUGUUAACUGAAAAUGGAAGUUUAACACAAUUCACAGAGCUACAUGAGAGACUCCAAACCCUAGGAGGAUCCAAGUACCUGCCCGAAGUUGGAACGUCCAUCGAACUACUUACAAGACUGGAAAGGAUUGAUUUCAUGCCAAAUGAGCCAAAUCCGGCUGACUGGACCUCAGGAGGAAAGGAGGUGACAGCCGUGAAGGCUGGGCUUAUGAGGAUGUAUGAUGAAGAGAUCAAGGCGGCAGCCAAACAGUACACCGCGUACACCACCGAUAUGAAGAAGCUCUACACUGUAGCUCUCGGACAGAUCGACAAAGGAAUGAAGGAAAAGCUUAGGAGCUCAGACAAGUGGGAUGAGCUCAAUAGACUAAAGUGCCCAGUUAAACUGCUCAUGCUGCUCCGAGAUAUAUGCUAUCAAGGAAACCAGACUAAACUGCAUCCAAUCACCAACAUAAUGCGGGCAAUACGGAAGCUGGUAUGCUCACGACAGCGACUCAAUGACAACGUCACUUAUGUGGAUGCUUUAAAACAGCAUCGGGAUGUACUGGAGGCAAUUGGAGGAAGCAUCCUAGGGCCGGCAAUCAUCAAGUAUGAGCUUGAAGUGAACAGCAGCAGCUACAAUGGGAUGACCUACCACAAGUACACGGAAUUACCACACGGAGAUCCAACUAAGGAAAGCAUCGACAGAUCUGCAAAACAGCAGAUCAUAGCCACACUGAUAAUCGAGGGAUGCAAUGAGGAGACUACCAUUCUCAAGGAGACCCUGGAGAACCAGUAUAGCAUAGGAGUAAACAAGUAUCCAACAACACCAACGCAGGCGUUGGACAUGUUGAACUCUUUCAAGGAAAGCAGGAAAGGCGGAGCCAAGAGCCACACCGGUGGCAAGAAGCCCAAUAAAGGAGUCAAGGGGUACCAGGAGGCCACAACAUUUGUUACGGCAAGUGCAGUAUCAACACCAGAACACGGCGGUGGGAUGGACGGACGCCACAGUAUUGAUGCGGAUGAUCAUGAGGAAGAGGUGCACCUGACCAGUCAUCAGCUACUACUGCGGGCCGUAGAAUCCAAUGAGGAGGACUUUGGGGACAGCGAGGCCCACUGUUUCUUUCAGCGAGGAGUGAUGACAACGGACAAUGCGGUCACUAAGGGAGCAGAUGAUCAACCAGGAGCAGGGCAGAUAUUCCGAUACAGCCCAGCGGUUGAGCGACUGUUCGCACAGCACAGCGAAUACCACAAGGAUGGAGGAGUGAACCCAAACUGGAUUUUGCUUGACAGUGAAUCAUCAUGCAACCUGAUAGUGAAUCGAAGCCUACUGAAGAACAUCCGGAAGGCCCCACAUGGACAAAUGAUGCACAUAUACUGUAACUCAGGCAUUGCACAGACCAACACCAUUGGAGACUUACCCGGAUUUGGGAAGGUGUGGUUCUAUGAAGAAGGGAUAGCAAAUGUGCUGUCACUUGCCCUUGUAUCAGACCGUUUCCGGGUUACCAUGGACACUGAAUGCGACAAUGCACUUCAUGUACACAGGCCAGAUGGGGGAACUCGAAGGUUUGGGAGAUCAGCGUGUAAUCUAUACUACUGUGACCUCACGACAACGAAUGGAACAAUACUGACAAUCACCUCAGUUGAAGGGAAGCAGGCGGAGUUCUCAGACUUGGAUUGCCGGCGGGCAAUUAAGGCCCGGAAGCUACAGGAGACCAUGGGUUUCCCAACAUCAAGAGACCUCAUACACAUGAUUGAAAACAAGCUGGUGACCAACUGUGGGGUCACGCGACGGGACGUGCUAAAUGCGGACAUGAUAUACGGAAAACAUGUCAGUAUCGUAAAAGGGAAAACCGUCCGCAAGCAAGGAAGCCACGUACGAGAGGAUGUAGCCCCAGUACCAGUAGAAGUACUGGAGCGCUAUGGAAGAGUAGCUUUGCAUAUAGACAUGAUGACAGUCAAUGGGAUUCAAUUUUUCCACUCAAUAUCACGACACUUACGGUUCAGGACAGCCAGAGCAGUGACCAACGCCCGACAAGCCACCCUGUUGGACUGUGUGGAGAGCCUAAUCGGGCAGUACAGGAGCAGAGGUUUCACCGUAGCUCAAAUCAGUGGAGACAAUCAAUUUGAAUGCUUGCGAGACAACCUGCUAAAGCUAACACCACCGGUUGACCUGCACUGUGUGGCAGCAGGACAACAUGAACCAACCAUUGAACGCAGUAACCGUACACUGAAAGAGACUGUGAGGUGUUAUGUGAACCAUCUUCCAUUCAAGAAACUGCCAAAGCGCUGUUUAAUUGAGCUGAUAUACACGGCAGUGUACUGGCUCAACUGUCGAACUACAGGAGUGGACAGGACCAAAUCAGUGCGUGAACUCAUGACAGGAGUAUGUCUGAAUGCAGGACAAGAUUGCAAGUUUCAGUUCAUGGAACCAAUCCUGGCCCAUGUGGAUGACACUGAUAACACAAUGAAAGCACGUGCAGUGGAUGCCCUGUACCUCAGGCCUACUGGGUUCACCACAGGAGGCUUCUAUGCUUUCGACAUAAACACCUGCAAGAGGAUCCACCGCAAGUCAGCCACACCAACCCCACUCACCAAGGGGAUGCUGCGGCAGGUGACACAGAUUGCUGAAGCACAAAAGAUGCCACAGGGAAUAUGCUUUGGAGAUGCAAGUGGAAACACUACAAUCCUCGACCUUGACACCAAUAUGAACCACGAUGAUGACGAUGCAUCUGAUGGCACAUACAACGAUAACAAGGAUCAUAACAUGUCAGUAGAAACCAGACUGAGUGAGUAUGUGGAUGAAGAUGUGCGGGAUGACGUUAAUGCGACCGAGGAAACAGAAAUGCAGCAAAACGAGCACCCACUCACUGUGGAAGAGGCGGUCGAUAGCACAGAGGAGGAGCACAUGACCACGGAAGAACCCCCAGAAGGACAAGAGGAAGAAGGUGCAUAUGUGAGUGAGGAAGUGGAGACCAUAGUUGAGGAACCAGUGGAGCCCGUUAGUUCACGGCUUCGCCAGCAUGUCACAAAAUCACACAACAAGUUUGGUGAGGGGGACGGCUUCACAAAUACAACACACACAAGAAGAUCUUUCUUUACCGCGGGGUAUGUGCGCGCUGUCGAACAGCUUGGAAAACAGGAGAGGGCUGUUAUGAUGGUAGCAAACGCCAUAGCAAACUACAACAAUCUCGAGGCAACACAUGCAACCAAACAGUAUGGAGUGAAGGAAGGGAUACGAAGGUUUGGGGAAGCAGGAGUGGCAGCGGUACUAAAGGAACUACAGCAGCUGCAUGACAGAGGAGUGGUGUCAGCACUGGACCCAAAACAAGUGACAAGGGAGAUGGUCGCUCAGGCACUGCCAUAUCUCAUGUUCCUAAAGAGAAAGAGAGAUACCUCAAUCAAAGGAAGGGGGUGUGCUGAUGGCAGACGGCAGCGAGAGUACAUCCGGAAGGAAGAUGCAGCGUCGCCGACAGUAUCACUGUAUGCAUUGGUAUUGUCAUGUGUGAUAGAUGCAAUUGAAUGUAGAGACGUGGCAACUGUUGACAUUCCCGGAGCUUUCCUACAAACACCAAUGCCAGAAGGUGAGGAUGUGUACAUUAGACUCGAUGGGACCAUGGCAGAGCUUCUAUGUAGAGUAAACCCAAAGAUGUACCGGAAGUAUUUGGUGAACAAGAAUGGGAAGAAGACCUUGUUUACAAAGGCUGAGAAGGCUAUCUAUGGAACCCUGAGAGCUGCACUAUUAUUCUGGGAGAAGCUAUGUGGGCAGCUUGAGGAGUGGGGUUUCAAAUUGAACCCAUAUGAUCCCUGCACAGCCAACAAGGUGAUAAAUGAAAAGCAAUGCACCAUUGUGUGGCACGUGGACGACCUCAAGAUAUCGCAUGAGGAUCCGUCUGUAGUGACUAGCAUCAUAGAUCAACUAAAUGAGACAUUUGGGAAGGAAUCACCACUGACCGAAACCCGUGGGAAGAUCCAUGAUUAUGUGGGAAUGACCAUUGACUAUUCGGAACAAGGGAAGGUGAAGUUCAGCAUGUUUGACUAUCUGGAAGAGAUCAUCCAAAACCUCCCGGAUAGCCUAAAGGGACAAGCAGCAACCCCGGCGUCAGAGCAUCUGUUCAAAGUGAAUGAGGAGGCAAAGAAGGUGGAUGCGGACCAUGCGGAAAAAUUCCACCACUACGUAGCCAAGUUACUAUUCAUGGCAAAGCGGGCCCGCCCCGACAUACAGACAGCAAUCGCCUUCCUGUGUACCCGCGUGUCAGCGCCCGAUGAAGAUGACUGGAAGAAACUGCGGCGUGUGAUGAGUUAUCUAAGCGAGACCCCGUAUAUCCCACUCGUGCUGGGAUGGGAUGGGAGUGGAAAUGUGUACUGGCACGUAGAUGCAGCAUUCGCCGUUCAUAAUGAUAUGAGGAGCCAUUCAGGAGGAGUGAUGACAUUCGGAACGGGAGCAGCAAUCACCACAUGCACAAAGCAAAAGCUGAACACAAAGAGCUCGACAGAAGCAGAGGUGGUAGGAGUGGAUGACAAUAUGACUUUCAUUCUGUGGGCGAGGUAUUUCCUGCGGGCGCAACACCAGCACAUGACGGACAAUAUUGCGGACAGCAGAGAUGACCAACCCAACAGCCCAUACUUAGGAGGGACCAAUGUCAUAUACCAGGACAACGAGAGUGCAAUAAGGCUCGAGAGGAAUGGGCAGAGAUCCAGCACCAAGAGAACUAAGCACAUCAACAUCCGGUAUUUCUUCGUGACGGACAGGAUCAAAAAAGGGGAGGUUACGGUGGAAUACUGCCCAACAGACGAUAUCAUUGCCGACUACUUCACCAAGCCACUGCAAGGGAGCAAGUUCCGGAGAUUCAGGAACAUUAUCCAGGGUGUUAGCGAGGACGAGUGUGUAAAGUACAAGCAAGCUUACUAUGCUGCAAAAGAAGCAGCAAGGACCGCGAGCGAGUGAUCUGGUCCUAGUGAUGAACACUGCUAUCAUAAGACAGUACUGAAUCCUACGUGGAACAGCCGUAGGAUCCAACGAGUCCCACGAAAGCAGCGAGGAGUGUGUUGAAGGACAGACGGGCGCGCGCUUGGCCACCGAUGCCGGAAUGCACAAAACCAUAAAAAUGUGAGAAGUAAUCACAAACCAAAGGUAGGGAGAUGUCAGAGCCCAAGGGUUUUCUGGAUUGUCUCUCAUACUUUUCUAAUUUAUCUAGUCAAUAGGAUUAAGAUUCUUUAAGGCUUCGUACAUUGCGUAUCGAAACAACAGUAAUAAACAAAAAACUUUUUA